UCAACCUUUAAUUCUAAGUCUUGGGAACAAACUGUCCAAAAUUUAACUCUUGGACAAAAGAACAAAGAAGAUACAAAACAAAGGAAUAAGGCAAAUUUAUUACACCUUCUACGACCUAAUAUACUUCUGGUGUUCACUAUUGGACAACAUAUUACGGCUGUGAUGCAUCAGCAUGAAUCACACGUCUCCACCCCUGAUAUGUUGGGCCGACUGAUCGAUCAUAAUGACCGAAUUCCUCUGACGCCCGCUAAUUUAACACGAUUUCAUUCCAGAGCCACUCCCACCAUAACAGUAUCCGAUUAUCUUCGUCGGAUAGUGAGAUAUACAUCUACGGAGAAAGCUUGUCUCUUAAUACUUCUUAUAUACAUAGACAGAGUAUGUGAUCGUGACAAGAAUUUCACAAUCACGUCCUUGACUGUGCAUCGUUUUAUUAUAGCCGCGGUCACGGUCUCAUCGAAAGCAUUAUGUGAUUCCUACUGCACGAAUUCACAUUAUGCAAGGGUGGGUGGAAUAUCCACACAGGAACUUAACACCUUGGAAUUAGAAUUUUUAUCACUAAUCGAUUGGCAGUUGAUCUGCUCUGGAGAGACAUUACAACAAUAUUAUGCGAAUCUGGUUAAACAGAAUACAAGAUAUCGGAGAGCUGUUCCUGCUUCUGAAUGUGACAAUUAUGAAUCUAUGGGUAGUGGUGGUAGUAAUGAAACAGGCACCGACAAUCAUAUUAAUAACAUAAUGAAUCAUGUUGAAUAA